CCUCCGUUCACGACUCCCAUCCCUUCGCAGUGUGCCAUUGGCGUAUCUAGAAGAAGAUUUUUACUCAUCAUGACUAUCAAUCCGACCUACCUCGCGCAGCGCACCCGCUCCUCUGCCAACUGGAGUGAUGCAAAGAAACGUGUUCUAAGGUCCUACAGGGACUGGCUCCGAGCUUCCCCCGAGAUUCAAACGAUGUACUCUCUGAACCUACCGGUCUCCGCCAUUCGCACGAAGGUCCGCCAGGAAUUUGAGAAGCACCGCUAUGUUAGCCAGCUGCAGGUCGUUGACGUGCUGUUGUACCAAAGCCACUCUGAGUUCCAGGAAACCCUCAACUACUGGAAACAGCUCUCCCACGUGAUGAAGUACUUCCGGCCAGAGGAAGACCCAGGUGCCCGGCUACCUCCCAACUUUAUCUCGGGCUUCUUGGAGGGCCGCAAUUGAUUGCUUUUAUCUCAUAAACCAUCUUUCCACUGUGUUCUCCCUUUAAACUUAGCAUUGAAACUUCGAUUGGGCUCUCAACUCGUGUUGCCACGGCUACGCCGCUAGAGGGUGUUAUGUAUAUAUUAAGGUUGUCGGAAUAAGUAACGUCUUUUUGAGAUUU